AUGGCGGACAGCGAUGAGCACUCGAAUGCGGCACAGCUCACCGGUGGCGGAGAUGAUAAUAUGUUCUCUGCCAUAGAUCGCGACAACGUACAUGCACUCAAUAUCACUGUCCCGGAAGACGCCAAGGAGACUAUUAAACCCUGGGAUGAACGUGAAUCCACCGACAAAUAUGCAGACUCUAACGUCGAUGACCAGAUGAUCAUCCAUGUACCGUUCGUGCAGAAUGUCAGACUACGUACCCUGCUGGUGAAGACUGGUCGAGGAGAGACUACCCCACGGCGUCUGCGAAUAUUUGCUAAUAAUGCUAACAUCAUUGAUUUUGAUGCCGCGGACGAUGCGAGGCCGUCCGUCGAUAUAGCUUUGCAGGAAGGACAGACUGGGGUGGUAGAGUACCCCCUACGUGCAGCCACCUUUGCUAAUAUACACUCCCUAAGUCUCUUCUUCAGCAACUCCGUCGGCGAGGAUGUCUCGAGGGUCUACUUCAUCGGGUUCAAGGGCGAUAUCAGAGCUCCGCGUAAGGAAGCGACAGAUAAGCUACCUAUACCUGCGGCAAAUGCUGCCGAUGCCCCCCUUGUGGACAAAGUUGGGGAAAAGAGAGGAGCUGCUCAAUCCGUGGCGAAGUGA